GCUUUCCGGUGCCGGCGUCUCUCUCCUCUCUCUCUCUCUCUUUUUCUCAUCCUUCCCUUCUUCACGGACUCAACCCCAUCCUCUCUCUUCUCGCGCCGGAUAAGUUCCGCCGGUUUUGUUGUCCCGCACCGGCCCCAAAGCCCCCGGCAGAUUUAGAAGCGGAGGCGCACGGCAAAUCGAGAACUCCUUCUCGUCUCUCCGCCAAUCAUGCCGUCGGCACUCAAAAAUGCUCUGCUCCGCCGGCAUACCAGCUUCGACUCCCUCCUCCGCGUCCUCCACCCCUUCGUCCCCGUCCCCUACUUCCUCUUUAUCCCGACCUGAAAAACGACGAAAAACCGCCGCCCUUUUCCCGAAUUAUUCGCCGGGAAAAGUCACGACGAUGAGGAACCCCCAGCCCUCUGAUUCGAUCCUGACCGUUCUUCCCGUAGACCUCUUGGUCCAGAUCCUGGACCGCCUGCCGGAUACCGGCGAUCGGAAGUCGUGCCGCCUCGUCUCCCGCGGCUUCCUCAGGGCGGAGGCCCUCCGCCGCCGGGCCCUCCGGGUCCUACGCCGCGAGGCCCUCCCCUCCCUCCUUCGCCGCUACUCUUUCGCACUCGAAUCGCUCGACCUCUCCCCGUGCCCCGCCCUCGACGACGCCGCCCUUGCCGCCGCCGUCCACACCUCCGGCGGCCUUCGGACGCUCAAGACCUUGUGCCUCGCCCGGGCCACCGGGAUCGGGUGGCGAGGGCUAGAGGCGCUGCUGGCGGCGUGCCCGCGGCUGGAGGCGGUGGACCUCUCGUACUGCGUCGGCGUCGGGGACCGGGAGGCCGCGGCGCUGGCGGCCGCCGGCGGGCUGAGGGAGGUGAGGCUGGAUAAGUGCCUCGGAAUCACGGACGUCGGGCUGGCGAAGCUGGCGGUGGGGUGCCCCGUGAUCGAGACGCUCGGCAUCAAGUGGUGCAUGGAGAUCUCGGACCUCGGGAUCGAUCUCCUCUCGAAGAAGUGCCGAGAUCUUAAGGUCCUGGAUCUCUCCUACCUCAAGGUGACAAAUUUUUGUCUUCAAUCAAUCUCCUGUCUUGGAAAGCUGGAAGAUCUGACAAUGGUCGGAUGUUCUCAGAUAAGUGAUGAAGGUCUGAGAUUUCUCAAAAACGGAAGCAACUCGUUGCGGAGCAUCGAUGUUUCACGAUGCAGCAAUGUCAGCACAUUGGGCUUAGUCUCGGUCAUUGAAGGACACAAGUGUCUCCAAAAGAUCAAUGCUGGGGAUUGUUUUCCUGAGUUAGUACCACCCUUUCUCACCAUGUUGGGUGAUAUAAGACAUACCUUGAAGGUAUUAAAAAUAGAUGGCUUUCAUGUUUCGGCUUCAAGUUUUUGGAUCAUUGGCAUGGACUGCAAGCAUUUAGAAGAAAUUGGGCUUGCUAAAUGCAAGGGUGUGACAGAUCAAUGCAUUUCCGAGCUCGUAACACAUUGUCCUGGUUUAAGGACAGUUGAUCUCACAUGCUGCCAUUUGGUCACAGACAAUGCCCUUAUUGCAAUAGCAGAUCACUGUAAAAGGCUUGAAUGCCUCCUGUCAGAAUCCUGCUCGUUAAUUUCUGAGAAGGGUCUCGAUCGGAUUGGCACUUGUUGCUCCGAUUUGAAGGAGGUAGAUCUCACUGAUUGUCAUAUCAAUGAUACAGCACUGAAGUGUUUGUCUCGAUGCUCAGAGCUGACGAUGUUGAAGUUAGGUCUUUGCCCAAAUAUUUCUGAUAAAGGCCUCUUCCAUAUUGGAUCCAACUGCAGAAAGCUCCUAGAACUGGAUCUCUAUCGUUGCACUGGUGCUACUGAUGGUGGGUUGGCUGCCAUAGCCGCUGGUUGCAAGAAUCUAAAGAAGUUGAACAUGUGCUACUGUACGCAGAUCACUGAUGAAGGGCUGAAGCAUCUAAGCUGUUUGAAAGAGCUAUUAGACUUAGAGAUGAGAGGGCUGGUUCAUAUUACAAGUGCUGGUAUAGCUGCAAUUGCCUUUGGUUGCAGGAGUUUAGUUGAGCUGGAUGUCAAGCGCUGCUACUCUGUAGAUGAUGCAAGCUUGUGGGCUCUUGCUCAAUACUCGAAAAACCUCAGACAGAUUAAUAUAUCAUACUGCCCGGUUACUGACAUGGGCCUCUGCAAGCUUCUUGGGACUCUAAGGUGCCUGCAGGAUGCGAAGCUGGUGCACCUCAUGAGGGUGUCGAUCGAGGGGUACGAGCUUGCACUGAGAGCUUCCUGGGAUAGGCUGAAGAAGCUGAAAUUGCUUGGUGGCCUGAGACAUUUUCUCUCCCCCGGGCUGCUUCAGAUGCUGAAAGCUCGUGGAUGCAGGAUUCGGUGGGUGGACAAGCCUCUGGUCUUGGGGGUGUAGAGAUGAAUCCUUUCUCCCUUUCAGCAAAAACUUCUGUAACGAUAUUGUACGACUGAGUUCAGAGACCUCGCUUCAUUUGGACACGUUGUUGUUUGGUAGUUGAUGCUAUCCACGAAAAGGUGAUGCCUGCCUUUGGCCCUGGAUGCUUGUCAUGGAUGGAAUCUUUAAGAGCUUGGCUAAACACUUAAUUUAUUGACUACUUGUGCUAUGCCACCUUUUACGACUCUGAAAGAUGGUUGUUUUGAUGUCUCAGCUUGAGUUGGCUA